GGCUAAAUCGAAGAUUGGCGGGGGAUGACCGCCAAGGCAGAAUUGCAGGUGCUGCCGCGUGGACCGUCGACCGCGCCAUUGCCAUCACGUGCAUCCACUGUCCACGGGACCGCCAUGCGAACUGCCUCCUACACAGACGUGGCGUCGUCCGUUGUCAUCGAUGUCCAGCAUCAUCACGUGCAGGACGCUGGCGACGAGAAGGGACGUGGACGACAUGUGCUGCUCGCAUCCCCGUCGAAAACACCCCCCGCCCGGUGGAAAGUUGCUGCCGUGUAUGCUGCCUUCAUUGUGUUUGGACUCGGCUCGUGGAUCAUGACAAACAGUGUGUUUAUUGAGACGGCGGCGCUCUUCCAGCGUGUGCCUGAAAAAGCAGCGAUCAGCGCCUACUUGAUUGUCGCGCUGCAAGGAGCGAACAUCUUUCCGACGUUGUACAUGGUCUUCAAUAGCGAUCAACAACUCUUCACGAUUCGCACGGCGAUCUGGGUGCUGCUGGCGCUGGGCGUGUUGACGUGCGUGCUGCUGUCGCUCUUUUGGGAUAUCACGUCCGUGUUUUGGGGCCACGAGCAUAGCACCGCCCUGCUGGCCCUCGUGUUCUUUGGCGGCGCCGUCAGCGCGACCACGACCGUCGUGUACUACCCGUUCGUGUCGACGUUUCCUCCAGUGUUUACGAGUGCGCUGUCGACGGGCGAAGGGUUGAGUGGAGUUGUGGCUGGCGUCAUCGGCAUUUGGCAAGACCCUGGCGCGACCCCGAUGCGCUUGUCUGUGUCGACGUUCUUUCGAUGGGCAGGUAUAGAUCGAUCCACAACGCAUGCCAAGCGCACAUCCCUCGCGUGUGUCGUAGGCGGGGUGUUUGCCGUCGCGAUGGUCGCGUACUGGUUCCUCGCCACGUCGGCGAUAGCCCGCGACGUCCAGCACAGCAACUACGCGGAAGAUCCCGGCGCGUUCGAGUGCAAGUUUACGCCGCCGACGACUCGGUCCAAGAGCGCCAGGAGCACCAGUAGCGCCAGGAGCACCAGUAGCGCCACGUGCGAAUCGAGUCCCCUUGUGUCCCCGGUCGCCCCGCACAGAUUUGAAUCGCCGACCCAUCGACGCGACUACGUCCUUUGCAAGCUGUGGAAGCCGCUGCUGUUCCAAUUCGUUCUGUGCGCCAUGAGCUUUGGCGUGAUUCCGUCCAUCAUGCCGUUCUUGGGCAGCAAAUACCUCUCGAGCGCCCAAGUCCUCAAGUGGUCGUCUGUGCUCUCGAUGGCGUGCGAUCCAUGCGCUCGAUUCCUCACCAGCUUUUAUCGCUGGUACAACGUGACCGCGCUCAGUGCGAUGACGCUGUUCGUGGGGCUCGUCAUGGUGCUGUCGUCGACGACGGCGGACCCGAUCUUUUCCACGUACGCGUACGGCGGCCUCGCGCCCGUCGCCGCCAAUUGUUCGUUUGUGUUUCUGUUUGCAUAUGCGCAAACGAUGGUGUACCUCACGCUCAAGCGCGAAGUGCGCGGCAACGAAGCGUACGCCAAGACGGCGUACCAGUGGAGUGGGUUCAUGACCCAAAUGGGCGCGCUCGGCGGCACCCUCGUCAUCUUUCCCCUCGUGACGUACACGUCGUGGUUUGAGUCGGGAGCAUGACCGGCGACACGCACCGACGCCGUAUAAUUCUUCAACAUCUCCCUGUUCAAGUGUCGAGGCUUCCCGCGCGCUCGGUCGCCGCGUGUAUCGAGAGACAACAGGGCGGCCCCGACCGUCGACAACAUCCCCACUUGCCGGUGGGUUCCCGAUCAUGCGCCAAUAUGUCAUCGACAACGUACCGGCGAUCCGAGGACACUGUGACCUUUUGGACGUUUUCGCCUGCUGACUACGACGUUGUCGUUGUGUCUCAGCAGAGCGCGCGCACGGGAUGGUGCUUUG